AAAAAGAUAUAGGUUAGAGCUUCGAUGUCAAAGUUUCAAGAAUCUUUUGAAUAUAAUUUUCAUGAAAAUAUUAAUUUUCGUUAAUAUUGUAAGGAUAAUGUUACUAAAUUAAAAUGGAUGUUCCUGCGCCACCAGAAGAUACUGAAUUGAAAAACAUAAUAGACAAGCUUGCCCAGUUUGUGGCUAGAAAUGGACCGGAAUUUGAACAAAUGACAAAAAAUAAACAGAAAGGAAAUCCCAAAUUUCAAUUUCUGUAUGGUGGUGAACAUUAUGAAUAUUAUCAAUAUAAAGUAUCUACAGAACAAACAGUCGUCAAACAGCAGCAGCAGCAAUCAACUGCAUCGUCGGAGACCACUAGUUGGAAUACUCCACCUCCCAAUAUACCUAAUAUGCAGACCAUUGAGAUUGAGCACAUAAAUAAACAACAGGAUGCCCUUCGCGAACAAAUAAAACAGAGUGAGCAGAAUUUAAAUGCUCAGCAUACAGUUCUCUUACAGCAACAGCAAGCUUCUGUUGAAGCAACAGUUGCUAAAUGUGAAUCUUCAGAUCUCCAAAAGGAUGCUGAGGAUUGUGGGAUUAUCCUCACUGAACUCUAUGGAAUAUUGCAACCGAUUAUUGAUAAUUGUACUAAAGAUAGUAUUAGUAAUGGAAAGUCUUGGUUUCUUCAGCAUGCAGAUAGCAAGCAUAAAGCGUAUUGUAUUGUGCAGUGCCUGUUGUAUAAGGUAUUACAGUCUAGUACAUUUCCCCAAAAGCUUCACGUAAUUUAUUUAGUUAAUGACUUGUUACAUCAUAGUGCCAGAAAAAAUGCAAACGAUUUAAAGGAGGCUCUAGAAAUAGUUGUUGUACCAAUGUUCUGCAAUGCAAGCAUAGUAGCCAAUGAUGAACAGAAGUUAAAAUUAGAAAAACUUCUUAAGUUAUGGGAAUCAAAAGUGAAUUAUUUAAAAGCGGAGACUUUGGAAAAGCUGCGUAAUCCCAUUCAGAGUUAUCAACAAUACCAAUCAGACCAGAUGGCCAAAUAUGCAACUGAAGUGGCCGCAUUAGCGCAACAAACUAAGCUGACUUUUGAAGGGUACCAGUCACAACAUCAGGCUUUCGUGUGUCACGCGAUGCAACAAAUUAUGGAUUUGCAACAGCAGAAACAAAAUUUGGAGCAACAGCAGAAACAACAGCAGCAGCAGCAGCAGGCGGUGCCUGCUCCUCCACCUCCGCCUACCACAAACAUUAUUCCUCUCGAGACUAUUCAGGCCACUUUACAGCAGACAAUUCAGACGUUGACUCAAUCUAAUAGUACCAGCACUUCUAGUCUAAAUCAAAACUCGCACACCUUUCCAAUCGCGGUUGCCCAAAGCAACGGCGACAGUUUCGUUCCGAUGAAUACCAGCGUACCGCCGCCGAACCUGGCGUCGCAGCCGCCGCCGGCCAACGGGAUGGACACUAUGCCGUUCUCGCAGCCGCCGCCGGGUUAUUUCCCGCCGCCUCCCCCGCCGCCGGCCAUGAUUCUUCCGGGACUUCCCGAUUUCUCCAGGCCGCCGCCGGGAUUCCCGCCAAAGCAGGACGUGUUUCUGGAGGAACUGAUGCCGACCGCUCCUUAUUUCGACCUGCCCGCUGGUCUUAUGGUACCUUUAGUUAAGUUAGAAGAUACCGAGUAUAAACCGCUGGAUCCCAAAGAUAUAAGACUGCCACCCCCUGCGCCCCCUAGCGAGCGACUGCUGGCAGCUGUUGACGCGUUUUACUCAUUACCUAGUCACGAACGGCCCAGAGACAGCGAGGGUUGGGAGAAACUGGGCCUGUACGAGUACUACAAGGCGAAGAACCUGGCGAAAAAGGAAAAGGACGACGCCAUCGCCGCGGGGCUUCGACUGAAAUCGCGUAGCCCGUCGCCGGUGGUACUGAAGGCGGAGAAGGAGAACACGCCGCCCAAGCGCCGGUACCGCAGCAAGUCGCCCACGCCACCGCCCGCGCCUCCGCCAGCCCGCAGGCGAGGCCGCCGGUCGCGCUCCAGGUCCAGGUCGCGGUCCAGGAGCAGGUCGAGGAGCCCGCGCAGGCGCCGCCAGAACAAGAGGCGCCAGAGCUACACCAGGUCGAGGUCGAGGUCGCCGCCGCCCAGGAAGUCGCUCUCGCCGCCCAAUUCCGGGUUCGGAAGCGGUUUGCCGUUCAUGCGCAGCGAUCCGCAAGAACUGGACGCCUCGAACAAGGGACACGAGAUGCUGCGCAAGAUGGGCUGGGGUGGCCGCGGCCUAGGCGCCAACGAGCAGGGCAUAGACGCUCCCAUCGCGGGAGGCGACGUGCGUGACCGCCAGGACCAGUUCAAGGGUGUCGGCUGCAACCUCAACGACCCCUACGAGAACUUCCGCAAGAACAAGGGCGCGGCCUUCAUCACCAGGAUGAAGGCGCGGGCGGAGGAGCGCGAGAAAGAAAGUAACGACGAGGGGGCGCUGAAGACCCGUAAGCGCUGAGUACGUUUGCGAGGCGACGUGGGCAAAGAACGCGCGUUUGUAUAUAAUUAAUCAAUUAAGUGAGCUGUAUUUGCCUGUAAAAUGGAAUAUUAAAUAGAUGAUGGUUUUAUAAU